UCUCGAGUUAGUUUGGAGUCACCGCCUGUCGUGAAAAGAGGACAACCUUUAGGAAGUUCUCUACAAAAGCAGCUUCAAGGAGCCCUGUUAUCAGAGCAGAAAAUUGAAGUUAUUAAAAAGAAUCUGGCUGGCUGCUUGGAUGAGAUAUCGAAUAUGCCACCGGAAGAGUUUGCUAAAGUCAUGACUACGAGUUCUCUGUUAUUGCCUUCUGGCGAUAUGUGGACUAUUGUACAGAAAAAUUUCCGGAAUUGUGAUUCCUCGGACAUCCCUAAUACAAAGGGUGAUCUGCUCAGUUGGGAUGAGAAGAAGGGCUACCUACGUACAAUCUUGACGAGGAUUUUCCUAGAAGACAUAGGAGUUGGCAUAAAAGCGACCACGUUCGUGCUACUGUCUCCAAGUUAUGGACUUUUGGACUGGAUGAAGGACCGAAGUGAUCCAUUUCGAUUUUCUAUCUAUUGGCAGGUGAGCGACAGUCAUGUACGGCUAAAUGGAACUCUGUUGCAGAUGGAGGGCAAGAUAUUGCUGUGGGCAUGGUUCCAACAGUUCUCAGAAGAGCUGCCGCUUCAAGAUGUUUCUACUCCAAAUGUCAAAAAAGCUUACGAAGAACUGCUAAAGCAUCUGGACGAAUUGGCCGAAAGGCGUGCUAAAGAGAUGGAGAACGAAGAACCGAUCCCGAUCAGCGAUGAAGAAAACGCGCUCACCAAAAUGGCCAUAGCUUAUCUAUCACCAGUAAAUGGAUCUCGGGUGGAUUUGAAAUCUACUCUUGGUGGUUUGAUCUCUGAUUGCAUGGAAAGUGUCAAAAAAGCGAUGAAUCCACGCGCUCUUGGAGGUGAAAAAGCUUGGUCGGAAGUUUACAUGGUAAGCAAUCGUUCACACAUGCUGAAUGGAAUAACAAUGUCCGCAUUGUCGUACAAGGACGAUCUGUCGAUUGUCCGUGGUGUGUGCGAUUUAUUGCGUCACGAGCUUCCUUUGAUUCGAGAGGUUCGCCAGGAGCUCGCUGAGAUAAGAGCAGCAGAAAAACCAUGGAUUGUUGUGUAUCGCGGCAUCAUCGAAGACAUUAUGAAAUUUUUCCAAGUUAUGACUCUGUUUGAGAUAUGA